AUGAGGCUGUCAUAUGCAGCAGAGAUAAGAGACCCCAAGAAGAGUGGAGCCCAGAUUUGGCUUGGGACCUACGAGACGCGUGAGGAUGCAGCAAUGGCCUAUGAAAUGCAGGGCUCCAAGGCCAAGCUCAACUUCCCUCACCUCAUCGGAUUAGCUGAGUACGAGCCCAUUAGAAUCAGCCCCAAGUGCCGGUUGGCCGACCCUCAGUUGCUGUCUGCCACAUCAAGCGAUUAUGGCUUGCUUAGGACUUCAAAUCAGCGAAGGGGCCAAGCCAAGCCGGAUUUCAAUGCAACAUUUCCGAUUUUGGAUGGAGGCACAUUGAAGGUGGAUGGACGGGUCUCUUUACCUUUCUUGAAGUGUGAACUGAUACUGAUUUUCUCCCCUUUCUAUUUGGGCUUCUGCAAGAUGGCGCACUGCAUGUAG